CCUUGUGACGUCAAGGAGGGCUGGAGCGCUUCCUCCUUGCUCCGUAUAGCGGCAAAGGGAGGGAAAAUGAGCACGAGAAGAUUCACACAGCUAGGCAAUGAUGAUGGCGUGAAAAGACCAAGUGGGAGUUGCCACUAUGUGAGCUUCUAAGAUCUGUCAUCAGCCUGCUUGGUCGACUGCAAGUGUUGUCACCAUGAGAGCAUCCGAUGGGUCGUUGACCCGCCGGCGCCACCGUCCGGUUGCGUGAGCGCCGUCCGAUUCUCCCCGCGGACCCCGCGCGGCAUGGCCUCUCUGGACCUGCCGUACCGCUGUCCUCGCUGUGGGGAGCACAAGCGCUUCCGAAGCCUCUCAUCCCUACGCGCCCACCUGGAGUACAACCACACGUACGAGACCCUCUACGUCCUCUCCAAGUCCAACAGCGUUUGCGACGCCGCCGCCCUGCUCCCCCUCGUGACAGAGGGAGCCCUCCUGCCGCCUCCCAACAAUAACGAGUCCUUUGAACCGCUUCGGCCGUCGGCUUUGAAAGAACGCCGCUUCCCCUGUCGAGAGCUUCCGUGCGUAGACGACUUGAGUUUGACGCCGGCGAGCUCCAACACUUCGGCCAGGUACAUCCCCAAUGUGGAGUUUCCUCUGGGGGAGAUUUUGAUGAAGACGGCCAUGACAUCCACAGACCCGGGCCCCUAUGGGAACCCCAGUACAGCCGUGGCCGUAGCAGCUAACGUGGCCGCCAGUGCAGUGGAGGCGGCUUAUGAAGAAGGCUUGGCAAGGUUGAAGGCACGCGCCUUUGAACGUCUUGAGCUGGAUGAGAGGAUGGAGAAGCUGUCUGAAGAGGUGGAGCAGAAAAUAGCGGCCCGAGUGGGCCGUCUCCAGGCCGAGCUGGAGAGAAAGAGCUCCGAGCUGGAGCGGGCCAAGCACGAGAGCGAGCGGCUCAGCCAGGAGAAGCAAGAACUCGAGGACAAGGCCUUGGAGCUGUCCAGGCAGGUGGACGUCUCGGUGGAAAUGCUGGCCAACCUAAAACAGGACCUGGUGAACAAGGAAGCAGAGCUCAGCCACAAGCAGCAGGAGGUGGCCCAGAUCGACCAGUUCCUGCAGGAGACUGCGGCGCGCGAGGCCAACGCCAAAGUUCGCCUGCAGCAGUUCAUCGAGGAGCUGCUGGACCGUGCCGACCGUGCUGAGAAGCAGCUGCAAAUCAUCAGUAGCUGCGGCACCACGCCCAACGGAAGUUUAGGACGCUGCAGUCUCCAGGGCAAGGGCAACGGACGCCAGAGAAACUCCAGCAUCUCUGGAAGUACAAGAGGCAUCUACCAAGCAUCUGAAAGACGCUCCUCCCCUAGUACGGGCGCAUCGGGUCGGAUCAAGUCGGUCUCGCAGGGUUCCGGCGGGUACGAUAGCGACAGUGUGGAGAUGCACCCCAUGGAGGAGUGCCCCGAGGCUCAGUAUUACCACAUGCAGUGCCGCCUGAACGAAGUAGCGUACGAGCGCUCCCCUGGAUGCGGCGGAGGGGGCAGGAACUGGGGGCUCCGCAAACAGGCCAUCCAGAACUGGCAGCGGCGGCCUUACAGGAACAGCACCGAGGGAGAGGAGGGAGACGUGUCCGACGUGGGCUCUCGGACAACCGAGUCCGAAGUGGACAUGUGGGAGCAGGAGAGGAGAGCGGUGGCGGAAGUGCAGCAGCAGUCAGGUGCCCCCUAUCCUUACCACGGCAGGGCCGGAUAUCGACCCAACGCAGGUCGAAGUGAAGGCGUCUACAGCAAACCGUGUCGCCACGAGAAGAGCCCGUCCAAAUCCAACGAGGUGAUCAGUCCCGAGAUCCUGAAGAUGCGUGCCGGUUUGUUUUGCAUCUUCACCUACUUGGAUACCAAAACGCUGCUGAGAGCUGCCGAGGUCUGCCGAGACUGGAAGUUUGUGGCCCGCCACCCGGCCGUGUGGACCAGAGUUUUGCUGGAGAACGCGCGCAUUUCCUCCAAGUUGCUGGGAACGUUGUCUCAGUGGUGCACUCAGACGCACUCGCUCAUCCUGCAGAACCUCAAACCGCGACAGCGCGGGAAGAAGGAAACCAAAGAGGAGUACCUCAAAAGCACACGAGGGUGUUUGGAGGAAGGAUUGGAGGCGCUGCUGAAGGCUACUGGAAGUAAUUUGCUCAUCCUGAAGAUCUCACAUUGUCCUAACCUGCUGACCGACCGCUCCCUCUGGCUGGCCAGCUGCUACUGCCGAGCUCUGCAAGCCGUCACUUACAGGAGUGCCACAGACCCAGUUGGACAAGAAGUUAUCUGGGCCCUCGGAGCCGGGUGCAGAGACAUUAUCUCCCUGCAGGUGGCACCAUUACACCCUUGUCAACAGCCGGCUCGUUUCAGCAACAGAUGCCUGCAGACCAUCGGGAGGUGCUGGCCGCAUCUCCGUGCGCUCGGUGUCGGGGGGGCUGGAUGUGGCAUUCAGGGCCUGGCCUCACUGGCACGGAACUGCAUGCGCCUUCAAGUGCUGGAGUUGGACCACGUGAGUGAAAUCAACCAGGAGGUGGCAGCAGAGGUCUGCCGGGAGGGUUUGAAGGGCCUGGAGAUGCUGGUGCUUACCUCCACGCCUGUCACCCCCAAAGCUCUGCUUCAUUUCAACAGUGUGUGCCGCAACCUGAAGUCCAUCGUGGUGCAGAUCGGUAUUGAAGACUACUUUGAAGACCCCAACAGCCCCGAAGCCAGGAAACUAUUUGAUGAGAUGGUUAACAAGCUCCAGGCUUUGAAGAAAAGACCCGGCUUCUCCAAAAUCCUCCACGUGAAAGCAGACAGUCUGUGCUAGCAUCAUUACGUUAAGAGACGUCACCGCCGAACACCAUUCAAGUCAAAACGACGCUGCUCUGUGCGUGCGUGCGUGUGUAUGAGUGUGUGAACAGACGUAACACUGAGCCGCCUUGAUGAACCCGUAUUGAGGCUCAUUCAUGCAUAAGGAGACGUUUGUUGCGGGCAAAGUCAUCUGCUGCACUGCUGUGAUGACUUGAUGCGGUCUCAUGGCGGUCUCCUGAUGACACUAAAAAAACAAAAAAAAAAAAGAUUCCUUGCUUUUUGGAUCAAGGUGUCGUCUCAGAGUGGAAUCUCAUUGUGGAAACACUCGGAGCAGGGUCACCGGACCAGCCGCACCAAGGGUCACAUUAAACUUUCCACUUGAGGUAAGAUAUAAGGCCCGAGCCUUGAGACUGAAUUGAAACUUGCAGCUUCAACUUCCUGCACAAGAAGCGUGCUUGCCUACUUCUGGUUUGGCACUCAUGUAUUUCUUCUAUCAUCUUUUGCUUUCAUGAUGUUUUUGUUUUUUUCUUGACGGUUUAAAAAAAUGUCAGACAAACCGAGAGAACCAUCUUCAUCUCCAAAGCGGUGCCAUUUGUGUCUGCCCUCGUUGCGGUGAGAUUUAUUUUUAUUUUUUUUUAAAUCCGACGUGCCAUUGAGGUGGGAAUAUUUCAUGUCCAUCAAUCACACUUCAGAAUUUGGUCGGCCUCGACUGCAGGUGCCGAUAAGCGGAGUAAGAUUCUGCGAUCCAUGGCGCACAUGAAUAAACACCCAGUUGCCGCCGCGCCUACCAUUUUACCGGCUUGUUUUAUAUUAACAACACAGGCGGGGUUUUCAUACAAAUAUUGAAGUAGUAUAAUCUAAUAUUUCAUCUAAUUUAUUCAAUUUGUUUUUUUUAACAGCGCCUGAAGAAAAACAACCAAUCAAGUUUGAUUAAGGAUGUAUUAAUCCUUUGUCGUGCACUUGCGUAACAUCCUGUGAUUGGCAAGAAGUAUUUAGCCUCUAAGUUAGCUAAUGACGACAAGAAUUUAAAAAAAAAAAUGAUGGAUGGCCAUUUUGUAUUUAGCAAAAGAAGAAAACUGGAUGUUUGAAUGUGUGAAUGUUUCUCUCAGCGUUCACACAAAAGCGCCUUUUUAAACAAACUGCAUCAUCAGUAUUAGUUCUGUUCUUUGUGUUUCCUGG